AUGAUGGGGGCUGCAAGAGACACCAUAGACAUGGGCGGCGCGCCUCUCCCUGCGUUCCCUAUCGCCUACUACGAUGACCAGCACCUCUUCCCCUCGCUGCGGCCCCAAAUCGAGGCGCGGCUGCCUCUGGAGGCGGUAUCCAUCCGGUGUCCCCUGUCCCCAAACGUCCCCCUCCAGUGCAGUGGUCUGCGACUCGAACUUCUGCCCCACCAUGAGCCGCGCUUCGAAGGGCUCCUGCCACCGGCUUCCGGCGGCUCUUCUUACUCGGCUUCGUCUCUUUCUGCCUCCUCGGUGGCGAUGAAGGCUGCCUUCGCCUCCAUCGCUGGGGUCGCCGCCCACGUCCCCAUUGGCGGCGGGGGCGCGACCACGGUCGGAGUAGCAGGGCCAGACGCCGCGAGCGGCGGUGCCUCAGGGACAGGGGCGAGUGGAGCCACGGCUUCUCAGCGGCCUGCACAUGGAACGCAUGCUGACCGUCCUUUCAUCUACUUGCAGAUUUUGCACCUAGAGGGAAUGGAAGACUACAAAACCCAUCAUAGAAGAAUGUUGAAGGCCUGGGUGGACAGCCUGACAGAGCAACACGAGGAGUGGCUAGUGCUCUAUGUGACGCCGUUCACGGAGAGCGAGUCGCAGAACAAGUCGUUCAAGAAGAUGCUGGAUAAACUGCGGAGUGAUUUGAACACCCAGGGAUCCCGAAGCAAAGAAAGGUUUCUUCGUCUCCCCACAGAUGCAACUGGCAAAUUUGCAAACAAUCCGGCCUUCUUAGAUCUUUGGAAUACUUUCAUGGUUCGCCUCAAAGAAACUUUGGUGGCGGCCAUUGAGACGCGGUACAUUCAGUUAGAGGACGACAUUCAGCGCCACAGCCAAAUGUCUGAACCGCGUUUCUGCCCUCUCUUCGUCGCGAAAGAGAAUCUGGCGCUCCUCCAUGAACGCUGCAACCGCCUGGAGGAUGCCUUGGCCGUGUACGAUACGAUGGACCUUGGCAGCACGACUCGCCACAGCUCGGCGGUGGACAUUAAGCAGUGCCACAGCCUGUUUAUUUCGUUCGGAUUCGACACUCCCAAGGACGAGGUCCCUCUGUUUUUCGACUCUGGCCGACUCCGGCGCCUCCAGCAGCGCGUCCGAGAGGAUACAAUUUCCUACGUCCAGUUUCGGCAAUAUUUGUUUGCGAAGCAGGCCGAUCUGCUCGUUCGCUUGCGGCGAGUUGAAGAGAUGAGCGCUCGAGGCGUCGAGAUGACCUCGUCCCUGCACAAGGAAAUUGUCGCGGAAGGCUUCGCCGUCGCCGGCCAUGUAUGGGCCUUCCUCGCGUGUGUCAACCUCGCGCACUUCAUCGUCACCAAGUGCGUUGCCUCCCCGGCGUGCUCCUCGACUGUGUCGAGCGAGGGCCCCUCCCGGGCCUCUUCGCAUCCCAGCGCCAGCCGGUCGCCUCGAGCGUCCACGUCGGGCAGCGCGAGCAGUGCCCUGCUUCAUCUCAAGCGUCCGGGGUUUGCCGUCACCCGCACGCUUCAUCGCCUGACGCCGCCUCAGUUUUCGUUGUCGCCCACGCGGCGACAGCAGACUCAGCGGGUGUCGUCUCAGGAAGCGGCGGGGGGCAAAGCCGCUCUGUCGUCUCCGCCUUCCCCGGCACUCGCCGGCGCGACAACUCGGCGGUCCGGCGAUGGAGCCCCGGGAGACUCCGGCCUUGACGCGCCACGAGGACAGGAGGCGGGGCUGGGGCAGGGUUCCGCCGGGACAGUCCCGGCGUCGCAUGCCCGAAGCGCGGCGCACUUGUACGCGUAUGGAGCCCAGCAACUGCAGCGGCUCAUCGCGUGGAGAGAGAGGGCGGGGUGGAGUCUCCCACUGUUGGAUUUUCCGCUGGCGGCGUCGACGGAAGACAGUUUGGGCCGCGGUGAGAGCACGGGCUGCCGCGAGGUGGGAGCGAACUGUCGGUCGCGAGGGCCUUUUCCCGGAGACUUCUUAGAGGGCGAAGCCAGGCCCCAGGAAGCUGAGACAGGCAGAAACAAAGUGCAGCGAGAAUUGGACACGCAACAGGAAGCGGAAGACGAUGCCUCUUCGUGUCGAGACACGCGGCCGUUGCGGCUCGCCUCCGCUGUUUUAAGAGAAGGAGAGAAGACCUCGGAGGAAGCAGGCGAUGGCGCGUCCCAGCGAGACGGCCGGCGCUUUGCGAGAAGCGCCAGCAGCCCGUGCGCAGGGGUCGGGACGCCCAGGGCACCAGAAGAAGACGGGCCGGGUGUAGCUCUGGCGUCUUCUUUCUCUCUCCCGUGGUGGUUUUGCUCCAAGUCUGAGCUGCGCGAGGAGCUGCAACGCCGCUCGGAUGCCGAAGAACUCCUCGUGCAUGUUUUCGUGUUGGCAGGGCAACAGUAUGUGAAUUGCGGAUAUUUCAGACAUGCUGCACUUCUUCAGUUCAAACUCGCGUCAGCCCAUUUCAAGAGACGCGACCUCGAGGAGUGCCGGAAGGCCCUUGCCAAAAUGCUCCCGUUAUUCGUCAAGGAGCCCUGGACGGCGUUGUGGGUUCAGUGCCAGCAGCUGAUGGCGGAAGCUGACCGAUGUCUCGGCGACGCCGAUUCGCUCUCUUCUUCCUAUUUCCUUUCGAACGUCAACGCUGUCCCUCACCCUUCCUUCUCCUGGCGUCUUCGCCACGCGUCCAAAUCUUCAGCCACUUCAGUCAGCGGGGUCGCGGUUCGAGGCCCGCAUGCGCCGAGCGGGGAAGAAGAGACGCCUGAAGAGGGCGAAGGAGACAGCGGUGUGAAGUCGCAGCGCAGACUGCGCGGUGUUCCCUUUUCUGGCACCGAGACGCAGCCCCUUCUCCCCCCUCAACUCUAUCUGCAACGCUUUGUUUCCCUUGCGCAAAAACAGACAGACUUUCAGGACAUAAACAUCGACGACGGAGACGAGCUGGAGCGUCCGUCUUUCUCUUCGCAUGAGGCGCUAGGCGUGGAGUCGCGGAGAGACGGGGUCCGACCGCAGCCCUACCCUCUGGGUCCUCCGACAGGCGCUGGCUCUUCCUCGGGCCCCAACUCCCCGUCUUCGUCUCUUGAAACAAUGAAAGACGCCAAAGAGAGCGGAACAAAUGCCGGCUUGGAGAGACGAAACGUCUCCCGCAGGCUAACUCGGUCCGCGACUUUCAUGGCGACCGCGUGGCUGGGGCCCGACGUUCCUUCGCUGCUCAAAAAAGAGGGACAGAUCUACAUCCGAGCAGCCCCAAACUUGUACUGCUGGGGGGCGCUGAAGCCCGCCCUUGUUGGCCUGCGGAGUGCCAGCGAGAGGGAGAAGGUUUGCGGAAUGCGCCCGGCUCUUUCGCUCGCCUCCAUCCCUCAGGCGGGGCAUUUGGAGGCGUUCCUCUCUUCCCCUCAGGGACUCGUCGUGCCCUACGGCCCCGAUGACACUCCGUGCACAGUGCCCUUUGUGACGCCGACGGCGGCGACGAGCACGCACCGCGCUCAUGGCCUUUCUUCCGGGGCGUCUGGGGGUUUUUCUGCUGCUCCCAAUCCUUUCGCGGCAGUUCUGAAGGCUUCUCUGGACGGGCGCACCGUCGGGCCUUACAACGCUUUCCAUCCGACACCGGGCCACCUCGUUCGCGGCGCGGACGGUGAGGUGAGAGGGGUGAGGGCUGGUGGAGAGUCCGCAUACUCGGCGAACACGCCUUCUUCGGCCUUGCUGCCGUACUACAUGAAUGGCGGCAGGUCGUCGGGGGGGAGCGGGGUGGGCUCUCUCUACGGGGCGUCGCACAGUUUGCGCCCGUCCUUUUUCCCCAGACAAGGACCCGACACACUUUCGACGGGGGUUCUCUCUGGCAGCUCGGUCAGGGGCGGAGCCGCGGGGUCCGUUGCAUCGCAGGCUGGGGGCCUUUUGGGGAGUGUCGACCAAGAGCUUCUCGAGCAGGCCGUGCUCCGACAGCUUGUCGACCUUAUUCCGCUCUACCGACUCCCGUGCCACCCGGAGUUGGAGCCGCAGAACGCGUGUCUCCUCGCCUAUGCGACGACGCUCGAAAGGGUCAAACCAAAGUCCACGGCUCAGCUGCUCGGCCAGCUCCAGCAACACCGGCUGCUGCCUGUCUUCUCCCCUUCAGGCGGCGCCUCGUCAGCCGCAGCAGGCGCAGCAGCCGCAGGCGGCAGGGCGACGAGGGAGAGGGACGGAUGGACCGAGCGAGAGCCCGGCUUUGACGGGGCCUCCGCGCCGGCGGGGGGACGGGCGACAGGCCAACCAGACCUGGACCGUGGGCGCGGGCGUCCAGCGCCACAAGCCGAUCCGGGGGAGAGACGGGUUCCCUUGCAGCCUGGAAGCGAGGAGCGCAAGUCGAAGCCUCUCGAGCACGAGGUCGAGGGAGAAGUCGGGAGAGGGCCUCACACGGGACGGGAGACUGAGGAGAUCGAACGCAGCGGCCAGACACCUGCAGGUAGGAAUGCGACGCAAAGCGAUGACUCAGAAAGGGAGACAGGAGAGGCCGCAAGGGGGAAGCAUUCAGACGUGUCGCUUCUUCCUAAUGGUGGGGGGGCAACGCCACAGACUGUCACUGCAGAGGAAGGAGAGGAAGAGAGCCAGCGCUGCGAGCAGGGGGAAUGGGGGCAGCAGAUGCUUCUCUCGAGGCGGCGAGGCUCGCUUCCCGGGCCUUCCACAUCGGAAGAAGGCGCGUCCGCAGGCCCGUCGAGGAACCCUGGGAGCGGCGCCGCUGCUUCCGUCGCCAGUGCGCAGACUCUCCCAGCGGGCGCAGCUUCGGCGAGAGCAGGCACAGCAAGAUCUUCGCAGGGCGACGCCACCUCCACAGGAGACCUCUCCAGUGGGGCGAGUUCGGUUCGGUCUUCUGUCUUGAGUGAGCCGAGCUCGGGGGCAGUCUCGGACCGUGGUGGAGCCUCACAUCUGUCUCCAGGGGUUCGGGUGCCGGCGGGGCGAGAGGCGCCCAGUCCGGGAGCGAGUCAGAAAGAUCCGGCGCCAGAGCCAGAACGUGGCCGCGAGGAGACACACCGCGUCCCCGUCUCUUCCUCGUCAAGUGGAGACCUUUCCGUUCAGUUCCGGGUCUACGGGCGCGGCCCCCCAGACAGUUACGGGAGGGACGAACGGUCUCCGAAGGUGGGCAGUGCAUACCGGAGCGAACCCGGGCCGAGAGCGCAGCGGGAGGCCGUGCUCGCGGGAGGCUCGGGAGCGCUGGAGACACGUGCCCAGACAGCCCCAGACAGCGCGAAGCCGUCAAGCCUGCGGACGCGCCCGCAGCCUCUGCGGGAAUCCGAAAUGGCGACCAGUGCGAGUUCAGCCGCUUCUCCACAUUACCGUUCUUCUCGAGCGCUGUCUGUGCUCCAGAUGGGGAGCCUCCAAGCCGCAGUCCCCAGUCUGUCUGUGAGCCUAGGGCAGUGCGUGGAACUUCGGCUCCACAUCCACUCCAGUUUAGUCGGCCCGGUUGAGGCCGAUGCAGUUGUUCUUCGUCUCUCCCAGUUGCCGUGUGCCGAUUUCGCUUCGGGCGCAGGAGGCAGUCUGGGGAAGCACGCCCCGAGCGGCCCAGGAUCUGUCGGGGGGUCACCCUCGGCAGCUGCGGGACUCUUUGGCGUGGGGGCGUCGCGCCCACACCUGGAGGAGACACAUCGCCAAGCGACCUCGGUCUGGCUCGUGGUUGGGGCCUCGCUGGGCGCCGAGACGACGGCCUGUUCCCGAGACGCGGUUGCGCAGCGGCCAUGGGAGGCGGAAGACCAGGCGCAAAGGCACUCACGUCAGGUCGGAAAGAAGGCGGCGCGGCUGAAGCUGCAGCCCGGCAUGAACUCUCUCUCACUCUUCUGGAGCAGUCGCUCCCAGGGGGUCUUCGUGCUGGAGCAAGUGUGUGUGGUUGUGGGGGCUGUUGUUCUCGUCCAGUGGGCCGGAGAGCUGCCGGCGCCUGGCAUGCUCGACGAGGUGCGUCAGGCAAUGCAAGACAUUCUGCUUGUCUCUCUCGAACCGGGCGGGGCGACGGGGCGAGGGCGAGACCCCAGCGACUCGGACGACGAGACAGGAAGGUCGGCGGCACUGACGAGAGGAACCAGGUUAUCUUCUUUCUCGUCUUUCUCUGGCAGCGUUGCAAGCUCCUUGGCCGGCACGAAAACGCACAGAAUCGCUCCUGCAGCCCUCAGUGGGGUGAAGGCGGCUCUCCUCGACGCAGCCGCUGAAGGCUUGUCAGGCGAACAAGUGGAGAACCUGAAGGACGAAGGCGAGGGUUCCCACUGCCACACCGCCCAGGAAAGGAAUCCAACUCCGGUGGCGGCAGAAUCUGCCGCGGUAGCACUCUCAGGGCGCCAUCGACGGGUGUCCCGUCGGUUCCCUAAUCCCUUUUUCGCCUUUGCCGACUGGGGCAGCGCGCCCGCCGCCCUCGCCUUUGAAGACCGGAUGGCCCCGCAGACGCCGGCCUGCCUUCUCCCGGGCUACACGCCGUGUGGGGCAACUCUCAUUCACUCAGACGCCCCUCUUGAACGCAUGCUGCGGCCACUGAUUUUCGAGUUUCGACCUCCGGCAACCGCAGUCCAACUCCACAUUCAGCCUGCAGGCCCCAACGCUUCAUUCCUCUUUUUGAAUGCGAAAAACUACUUGAAAAUCCGGGUCGACAUCCUCCCGGGGCUCCUGGUUUUCCCCCGGCCCGCUCGCCUGCGCGUUCUCCAGUGUCUCCUUCCUGCUGCUUGCACGGCGUCCCUUCUGGCCGAGGAAGAUGAGGACUUGGUGGAUGACCUCGCGUCAGAGACGCCGGGCGCAUUGUCCGGCAUGGCUGCAUCUGGACGCCUCGGGCUCCAGAAUCGGGCCUCGGAUCCAUUCGGAGGGACACUACCAGAGGGCCCUGAAGCCGCAGGAACCGCUCAAGACUUGUGGGCGGCGCCUGCAGGGGGCGCGUCCCCCCAACGGAGACUUUCCAAGCCGCAAGCGGUCGGCGAAGUGGAUUCGGGAGGCGAAGGCGAGGCCGGCUCCGGACAGGGCGAUCUCAAGGACACCGCGUCGAGGGCCGUCCCCGGUCGUGCGCCCUCCACGACCGCGGUGGGCUCCAGCGUGUCGGCCCACAUCGACGAGAGCGCGAGCAGCCUCCGGAAACCCGACCCGAGCUCGGAAAGCUGGCGACGGUGCGGCGAGAGAGAAUCGGCCAGAGGAACCGCUGUCUCGUUUCAGAAGGGAUUCGCGUCUUCGUCGCUCUCGGGCGCCGGCGAGGAGGGCACCCUCCAGUGGAGAGAAGGCUCCACGAUCGGUGCUGGCCGAGCGGGGACGGAGGGAUGCAUAACUCCGCGGUCGAUGGCAACCAGAUCCUGGGAAGGCGACGAGCAGCUCUUUGAAGGCGCCGCCGUGCAGCUAAAUUUCUGUUGGGAAGAGGCGAUCGCCACCGCAGUUGACGAUAUGCCGGCGCACAUCGGGCUCCACGGAGGCCAGGGGCUGGACAUGUCAGGGUUCCAAGGGGGGGGCAAGGACACGCGCCGAGAGGCAACAGCACUGGACGGACAGCUCCGAGGGAGUCGCUCAACCACGCGAUGGCAAGGUGAAAAUGACCCUCUCGAUGCUUCGAGCGGCGCAGACUGCGAGGGUGGCGACGGCCUGCCAGUCCUGGAGCAGUUUGACUUUAUUCGAAUACGUGCAGCUGCGGACGAAGGUGGAGACGUUCUUGCCAUUGUCCCUCGGCGGAGCCCCCUCGCGACUGCCCCUGCAGCUCUGGCUCGCGAAUGCGCGCCGGGAGACUCUUCGUCCAGUCGCCUUCCGGGCGAGGCUGUCUUCUCAGGCGAAGACGGCAGCAGUUUCGAGGAAACGGCCACGUCUUGCGAACCAGAAGGCUCGACAUUUUCUCAAGGGUGGCUUGAUUUGCCGAAAUUUUGCCGGAAUGUCGAGGUUCUCGUCCCUGUGGUUCCCGUUCACGCGACGUGUGUGAGGACGCCCGACAGCUUCGGCGGCCUCGUUCCUUCGUUCAGCAUGGCUCGCCAGAGCGAGGAGCCUGCAGACGAAACGGGGCGCAUGGCCGAUGCGUCGUGGCCCGGCAGCGAAGAUCAGAGCGCCGCGCCGCGUGAACAAAGUGUCCCUGCGUCUCGGUCCGACCUCGAGCCUUCAGGAGAGUCGACCGUGCAGGACAUGGGCGCAGCAGCCCCGCGCUGUGUUGGGUCGUGCCCGGAGGCCCGCGUGGGUUCUUUGAAGUCCUUUUCGUCUGCCUCGCCGUGUCGCGAAGCGCUGCCGCGUCUGCCCUCGCGAGGCACACACACGCAACGUUCGUCGCUGUUUCGUUGGCGUUCCGGGUCGGUCGUGUCUUGGCAAGACGCCGUGGGGCAGGGAGGCAACCGCCAGAGGCCAGAUGGACGUCGCCUGGCGACUUCGCAGUCGAGCGCGGUGCGCUGUGGCUCUGCCUCUUGGGACGGGAGAGACGACGGCGGCCGCGGCGAGGCGAGCGACGCGAGACCCUUUCCCGGGGGCUUCGAAAGAGACGGCAGUUCGCUGGCGGUCGCUGAGGACGCAGCUCACGUCGUGGCGUCUCUGCAGUUCUACACCAGCACUGGGGUCGACGUGUGUGACCGCUCGCUGCGGCGCGUCCGACGGCGGGAACGGCAACGGUCGGAGCAGACGAAGCGGUUGGCUGGAAACGGAGAAGGCGCGGAGACACUGGGCAGCGCGGCACGGACGCCAGGCGACAAGAGCGGGGGCACGGACAACGGGUCCGACUUGCGCAGCGGCGACUCAGUUCCCAAUUCUCUCUUGGGAUAUUUCGUCCCGGCGAUCUACUGUGGAGGGGACGGGGAUGCUUGCCAGCUGUCUCCUUGUCGCUCUGACUUGCAUGCUUCCGAUUUUCCCCUCGCGGCCUCUUCCUUGGGUGAUGUCUCUGCCGUUGCAGUUGACGGGGGCGGCUCGAAGCGUGAGGGGAACCCUCGAGGAGACGAAAGCAAUCGCUAUAGCGCCGCGGACUGUUCCGCGCGUCCUCUCUCGCGUCUUGGCGGAAGCAUCUCUGUGAUCGAGAGAGGCAUCGAGGGAAGGCGGGAUCUUGCUGGCGAAGGCCUGGAAGAGCAGUUCGACAGUAUCACUUGUUCGAUGUCGUGCACACGCCUCUGUCGCCGAAGAAGAGAGGAGCAUCGACGUCAGUCGAAAUUGAACAAGACGGCGAAACGCGCACCUCAAGCGGAUGGUGAGACCCCACUGAGAAGCGCCCGCGCCGCGUCUCCUUCAUCAGGGACCGCGGAAGACGACGACGAAGCGGGGAUGUAUGGCGCUGUCUGCUCACCGUGUCCUCUGUCGACAGAGGGCGAAGGAGACGAUGACUCUUCGUUGAGCCCCAGUGAAGACGAAGAGGAGCCGUGCGCCAGACAGCCGCAGCCGAUCACGAUUCUACGAGUGCAGACAUCGCGCGUCCAUCGCCUCCAAGUCCGCCUCGCCCUCACGCACUCCUGCCGCACGCUGCAUCUCUCGGGGGGCAACGUCCUGCACCAGAUUUUCUUGCAGGGCUGCUCGCCGACGGAGCCGGUUGUGCUGGACUGUGCGUCAAUCUCGCCUGUCUCGGCAUUGCAGAACGACUCCGAGAGAGACAAGCGAGUCGGAGAGAGAAAGACUCUGCCUGAGGCGAUGCAGGGACGGAGGAAAGGACCCGACAGGGUCCGCGUCAGUCUGAUUGUGCCCUCGCCGUUAUGUCCCGGAUUCUCAUCGCAGCUCCACUGGCAAGAUGAAGGUUCGGUUCAGUUGAAAACGCUCCUUUUCGGUGGCCAAAUCACAACGCUUCUGGUGCGCCUCCAGCAUCGGCACGCCGACGACGCCUGCGCGUCCUUUGCUUCUCGACGCCAGCAUCGCGGCGAAGCGGACCCGAGUCGACUGGGAGGCAGCCAGCAAAUCCGUCACUGGAGAGACGAAGAGAGAGGGGCCGACGCGUUCAACGAAGCACGGAGAAGCGAGCAGAGACUGGCCACGCUGCAUGAGCAGGAGGAGCACUGGAGUGGUCAAGAACCGGACACGAGUUCCUGGAAAGAUGAGCCUGCAACGUCCCUAACUCCGCGCUUAGAGCCGUAUCUUCUGUCUGUCUACUAUCGGUUCCUCGAGCCUCAAUUCCCGCACAUCUCGUCUGGGGAAACCCCUCAACCGGCUAGCUCUGCUGCGUUCCCUGCCUGCACGUCCACGUGUGCGGGACCCGCCACAAAGCCUCCGGCUCUGGCCCUACCGCCGCCUUCGCUGCCAAACGCACCUCUAGAAGAGAACCAUAGUUGCCGAAGCCGCAGCGAAGGCUCGCAGCCACUCGUUUACCACAUUCCUCUUUUGCUUCCCGUUCAAAAGUUCCCCGUGGACGUCAUGGUCCUCGCGCCCCGCACAGGCCGCGUCUCGACGCCUCUGUUUGUCUCUCUGGUCUUCACCAAUUGCUCGGAUAUCCAACUUCAAGUGCGCCACUCCGUGUCGCUCGAGUUUGACGAGACGUACUCCCAGCGCCAGCAACCUGUAGGCGAUCGGAAUAAUUCUUCCCUUUCCUCAGCCUUCUCCUCUCGCGCGGGGCUGCUUGCCGACGACAGCCAUCUCCCUGCCUCGCAUUUCGGGGGUCGGAGUGCGGGAGCGAACGGCGUGGCGGGCGAGCGGGGGCGCGAGAGAAGUCGAAUGCUUGCCACAUCCAACAGCGGCCUAGGCGAUGGAGAGAGAAGAAGAGGGACCGCUGGCGUGUCGCAGACGGGAGGCCCCGGGGCUUCUCCGCGUCUUGGCGAGUGCCAUGACUGGCUGAUGGCGAAGAUUUACGCGACUCAGGGAAUCUGA